UGAGCCACAGACUAUUGGCUGACGUAUGUAUAUGAUGGUUUCUCACGCGACUUGACUAAAGCGUAGUAAACCGUGGUGCAGAAGUUUGUAUAUCUAUUGUGUUUUUAAUAGAUGGUUUCAAUUUCGAUUACAAACAGAAACCUCCCAUUAGUUCUAUGGGAUAUAAAUAUGAUGAUACGGCAAUGAGUUAAUAAGUAACCAACCAGUACAAGGUACACUUCUUACAUUGAUAGAGUUCAGUCGUGGAGUUAGGAAUCUGAGAUAGUUAUAACAGUACGGUAGGGGAGUUUCAAUACGGUUGUCAAGCUGGAUCUAGGUCGAGUUUUUCAGUAUUCCUUUAAUUUAAAGCAAAGGGUACAAGUAUUGCUACUGUAGAUUGUUCUGAGCACUGAAAGACACUCCAAGGACAUAAUCCUGGCCAGGUACCGAUGCGCAUUCCAUUCGACAAAAGUAAAACAAGGUUUCCAGAACCGUUUUCUUCUGCUGCUCAUUUUCUACGAGUCUGUUCAGACCCUGGUCCAAGCCAACGGACACUUAGAAGAAUUUAUUUUAGCGAUCUCAUUGAUGUCUAACUUGAAGAAACAACCAACAGGUAACAUGGAGAAAGAACCAAGCGAUAAUCUGGAAAUAUUAAAUGCUGAGAUCCCAGGGUUCGAAAAACUAAAACAUAGUAAAAAGGGUCCUUUAUCAGCACUUGAAAUUCAUCAAUGCGAAUCACCACCUGGUGCUGAGAAACAGCAUUUAAUUAAGUUAGAAGAUCUUGAAAAAUACGUGAAAACAAUGACUGAAAACGAAGGAUUUACAGAACAAUAUAAUAUGUUAAAAACGGGCCAGUUAAAGGAUUGGACAGUGGGUAUGAAGCCUGAAAAUAAGAACAAAAAUAGAUACAGUACCCUUCUUCCGUAUGACGAAACAAGAGUUGUUUUAAACCCAUUAAAAAAUGAUCCACACUCAGACUACAUCAAUGCCAACUACAUUGACGGGUACAAUACAUCAAAAGCUUACAUAUGCACUCAGGGACCUCUGGAAAAAACUGUUGUCGAUUUCUGGAGACUUAUUUGGCAGGAGGAAAUCUGCAAAAUCGUCAUGACCUGUAACGUCAUCGAACACUGCAAAAAGAAAUGUGAAAAAUAUUGGCCAGAUACAACGGACAAAUACGGAGACAUUUCUGUCACUCUAUUGAGCCAAAAGGAAUUCGUUGAUUACACUAUAAGGACCUUUAAAGUACAGAAGUCCAGUGUUGGAAGACAAGUAAGACAGUUCCACUUCACUGCCUGGCCAGAUCAUGGAGUCCCGAGCUACCCUUUGUCCCUCAUCAAAGUACUGAAGUUGGCCAAAAACUACUGCCCUUCUAGUAAGGCAAGCAUACUACUGCACUGUAGUGCUGGCGUUGGACGGACAGGAACUCUAGUUCUUUUCGAUUCGGCUAUACAGAUGGUUAAGUCGGAGGGCAAGGUGGACGUUUUUGGCUUGCUGUAUAAACUUCGAGAACAACGUGUUAAUUUAGUUGAAACUGUGGAACAAUAUGCGUUUGUUCAUCGUGCCCUGAUUGAAGUUUUAUUUGGAGACAAGCCCAGUAGAUCAGCCGAAGAGCUCCCUCUAUACUUCAAGAAGCUUACUAAUGUAGAUUGUCAAACGGAAAAAACUGGGUUGCAGGCUCAGUUUGAGCGUCUGGAAAUAGAGACAGCCAAGUUUCGAGAAGACAGGGCUAACCCGAACACCAUUACAGAAAGAAAAACAAGGAAUAGAGUAGUUGAUCUCUUAACAUUCGACUGUGGGAAACCAGUUGUUUUUUCGAAUACAUCUACUAACCAUCUAAAUACUGUGUACGUUCAUGGAUACGGGGAAAAAGAAGCGAUCAUUACCACUGAGUGUCCAUCACCUUUCACAACUAAAGACUUUUGGCAGCUUGUACACGAGUCCGGCUGCCAAACACUAGUUCUGUUGGAUGAGGUGUCGCUUAGUGACAAGUGCUGUUCUACGUUCUGGCCAGAGUCUGGGAGUCAGUAUUACGGUAAUCUUAAAGUAGACCACGUAGGAACAGAACAGACAAAACACCUGAUAAUUCGGAACUUGAAAUUAAAGAAUCCUGUCGAGGAUCAGAAGUCCAGAUCAAUUAAACUGUUCCACCUAAGUGGGUGGCAGAAAGAAGACACAAUUCCACCUUCUGUGGACUCCAUAAUUACUCUUCUCCAAAUAGUCGACAGAUGGCAGCACAAAACCAGAAGCAAACCCACAAUCGUUGUGUGCACAGACGGAGUUUCUGCUUCGGGAGUCUUCUGCGCAGUCUCCUUCCUAUUUCGUCAAAAACAACAAGAGAAAGAAAUUGAUGUUUUUGAGGCCGUCAGAACCAUCAGAAUCAACGAACCUCAUUUUAUUCGCUCAGUGGAUCAAUAUCGAUGGGUCUAUGAAGUUGCUUGUGGUUUAGGACGUUUUAAGACACCUUCUGAUUAAAUCCAUGGGUCCAGAAAGAAAAAA